AUGACGGGAGCCGUGUCUACGCCUCGCUACGGCGCCGACGACUUUGAAACAGCAUCGAUACGCUCUGCUGCUCCCUCUUACGUAUCCGAGGCUCCGUCCUACCACUCGGCCGUCCAAUACCUCGAAGCCGCACCCCCAUACGCUCCUCGAGCAAACACAUCUCCCGAAUCGAGCCCGCCGCGGCACCAGACAUCGACCCCCAGGCCCCAGACAAUCGGCCUCCCCCCGAUCCCGCCCUUGAACCCCCAGAGUAUCGUGACCCUUCACAACUUCCGCAUCCCCACGUGGUCCGCAAACAACGCUCCUGCUGCCCGCCACUACCGCAAUGUGGCCGAGCGGCGCAUGACGGACAACAGGUAUACGGCCAACGACCUCUCAAAGCGCCCCUCACCCAUCGAGCCGCCAUUGGUGAUUCGUGACGGCAGCAUGCCUCCUCUCCGGCCACUCGAGGAUCCAUACCUCGUGGGCGAAGUGGCUGCCAGGCAAGCCCGCCGCGAGAGGCUGGCCCGCGAGUCGGGUGACGAUAUUCUUAUACGAGAGGACAGGCAGUGGGACUGGCUGCUAGCUCACAUGAAGGACUCCGAAGAGCGACAGAGGAGCGGGACCAGACCCCGCCGCGACCCCGACGCUGGCCCGCGUAAGAAGCUGCUGCACCGUCUCGGGGGCCGGCUGCUCCCCUAA